AUUAAUUGAUCAUACGUGUCAGGAAAACUCUCACGUCAUCGUUUCUUUUCACGCCACGUGGCCUUCUUCACUACAUUUACUGCUUAAAUAAAUACAUCUAUUCUUUUUUAUCUUCUUCGUAUAUCUUUUUUGUUGAAAAAAGAAAAUACAGGAAAACAAGGUUAAAAAAAAGAUGUUGGAGCUUAUGAAGGGUAAUUUUGAGGAAGAUGAAAAUGGGAUUGGAUUGAGUUUAAGCUUAUCAAUUGGAGGAAAUUACACAAAGAAAGAUGAUCAAAUCUGUAAUAAUUCAGAUGAUAAGAUGUUAAUAGAGUGUCAAAGAUCAAAAAAGAGGGCAUUACAUAGAGAAAUGAUGGAGAAUGAGGAAUUAGUUAGUAGAAAAAGCAAAAUUAGUACUUUUGGUGAUGAAGAUGUAAAAAGCUUGAAUCUUUUUGUUAAUCAAGAUUCAUGUUUAAAGGAUCACAAGCUUGUAGUUCCAAUUUGCGAUCAUCGGAAUGUUGAGAAAAGGGAAUUGAUGAAGAAAAAUUGUGGAGGUUUUAGAAUUUAUAACUCAUAUCAAUGUAGAAGUAGUGAGUCGAAUGGAUCUACAAUUACAGAACGCCAAAGUUCGUCUCCUAAAGGUACAAGUAGGAGUAAUGUCACGUUCAUCGAAGAUGAGCAGGACCAAAAAACAGAGGAAAAGAGGAAUUGUGGCAUGAUUCAGUUGCUUUAUCGAAUGCCGUGUGUUUCAGCAACGGGCAAUGGCCCAAAUGGGAAGACGAUAGAUGGAUUAUUGUGCAAGUAUGAUAACAAAAUGGAGAUUAAUAUAGUUUGCGUUUGUCAUGGAAAGUCAUUCACCCCUUCUCAAUUUGUGGAGCAUGCUGGGGGUGUUGAUUUAUCUCAACCUUUAAAACACAUCACUGUAACUCCCCCCUGUUUUUGAUGAUCUUUUAAUUUUUUAUAUUAAAUCGAGAUAGGCUUGAAUGAAACGAUAUGGAUCAAAGAUUCACUUAUAUUAAAUCGAGAUAGGCUUUUAUUUCUUCUUGUGGUUCAA